AGUUAACUCUGUGAGUGACGAGGUUGACGGACUGGGGAAUCACGACGGAAAUCACCGAGGCGACCGAGGUCCACUUGGCAGCUGGAAGCACAGGGUUCAGCUGGUUGUGGGAUUUCCGCAGUCCCCUAGCAUGCCAAACUGCUGAGAGUGCCGAAAAUCGCGGGUGCUGCGUUGCUUCCGGACUGCGUUGAGUCGUGUCCCGAGUCGUGACGACCUUUUUCCAUUUGCAUGAUUUGAUCGUGCUCUGUGCUCACGAGCGACAUCGCCAGAGGUUCCAGUCACGAUGUCCGUCUCCUACGACGUGGUGCUCUCGCAGGCUCUCUGUCAGAGGCUCCUGCAGCAGCAGAAGACGGCCAAGGAGCCGAUGCUGGGCUACCUGUUUGGCCGGGUGACCAGCAGCGCCAUCCAGUGCGUGGGGUGCGCCCUGGACAACGAGGGGGUCCUCCUCUCCUUCGGCUACGACCUGGUGGGCGUCUUCUGCGUCUCCUGCUCCCAGCCCGAGGCGCAGGUCUACCAGCUCUGCCAGCCCCUCCUGCUCAAGUACCAGGAGGCGGGCAAGCUGGGCUCUGCGGAGAGCGCGGUGCUGGUGUACACGAGCGCAGCCAACCCGACGGCAGUCUUCACCCGCACUGUAUCCCUGGAGAUGGAGCCCCCCUGCGAGCCACGCUCCGUCUCGGUGCUCAGGGACCUCGGACAGGGGACCGUGACCCUGCGUGCGCGGGCCAGCCUCCUCCUGCCCUUUGAGAUGAACAGCGACCCCAAGUACCUGCGGGAGAAUGUGGAGGUGGCGUGCAAGCGGCUGAAGGAGCGACUGCGGCCCGAGGUCCUGGCCCUCAAGCUGGAGGGCUGUGGCAGCCUGCUCCGUCACAGCUCCCCGGAGAGCACGCUCCAGGACCUGGUGGACCAGUCUGGGGAUGGGGGAGGCAGACGCAGGCGCUCUAAGGAGGCGCAGGACGUCCUCAACUUGGCAGUCCUGGUCCAGUCUACGGGAGACGCCGCUGUGGAGAGCUGCGGCUUGAGCUGCACCCCGGUCAUCCACUACCAGAGGAAGGUGUUCCGCAGCGCGUCGGUGGUGUUGCCCCUGGACGUGGUGUGUGCGGUGGGGCUAGACGAGCCCCCGGCCGGGGUGGUGGACCUGCUGGCUCGGCAGCUGGCCAACCAGCUGGACCAGAUGGCCUGCUGCAUCGCCCGCUUCUCAAGGGCGGAGCAUGCGUGUGCCCCCGAGGCAUUCCACUUCCUCCCGGCGGAGUGCGGCCACUGGACGACCGUCGUCUACCCCGGAGGAGUCUCGGAUGAUGACCUGGUGAGGUGCCGGCGGGAGCUGCACCGGCUGCUGCUGCUGCCCGCGGACCGGCCCCUGUUCCGGCGGGCCAACGUCUACGCCUUUCCCGAAGACCUGGCCGCCGAGCCGUACCUCCGCAACACCCACGUCGGACUCACACCUCCGCCCGGAGGCACGGAGGUGCGCCUUGUGCGUGGCCAGUAUGCGUACCGGCACUACCUGCAGGACCGGAUGGACGACAACGGCUGGGGCUGCGCCUACCGGUCCCUGCAGACCAUCGUGUCCUGGUUCCGGCUGCAAGGGUACACGGACUGCCCCGUGCCCACGCACCGCGAGAUCCAGCAGGCACUGGUUGACGUGGGUGACAAGCCAGCGUCGUUUGUGGGCUCUCGGCAGUGGAUUGGCUCCCAGGAAGUGGGCUACUGCCUCAACAAGCUACUCCAGGUGGAGUCUCGGACCAUGUUUGUGAGCUCGGGAUCGGAACUGCCCACCAAGAGCCGGGAGUUGCUGGCCCACUUUGAAAAUCACGGAACACCAAUCAUGAUCGGUGGCGGCAUGCUGGCACACACCAUCCUUGGCGUGGCGUUCAACGACAAGUCCGGCGAGACACACUACCUUGUCCUGGACCCCCACUACACCGGAGGGGAGGACCUGGCAGUCAUCCAGAACAAGGGCUGGUGCGGCUGGAAGGCAGCCUCCUUCUGGGACCAGAACUCUUUCUACAACUUGUGCCUGCCACAGAGGCCCACGCUCAUCUGACCCCCAGACGCCGUUUAUUAAAGAUAUAUUUUCCCAAA